AUGUUUGUUUAUCUGAGCAAGAAGAUCUCUAUACCAAAUAACUUUCGAUUAAACUGCAUAGCAUGGAAUCAGAAGGACGGAUAUAUUGCAGUGGGAGGAGAAGAUGGUCUCUUGAAAGUUCUUCGAGUAGACUCCAAUGUCAAUGGAUCACACAGCGGUGGGAAAUCUCAAGGCUUGGCUGCAACAAGCAAUCUGAGCAUGAAUCAGCCCCUGGAGGGUCACAAUGGACACGUUCAAGUAGUGACAUGGAACGAAGAGCAUCAGAAGCUGACAUCAAGUGACCAGAAUGGAGUCAUUAUUGUUUGGAUGCUGUAUAAGGGCUCGUGGUAUGAAGAAAUGAUAAACAAUCGCAACAAGUCUGUGGUGAAAGGUAUGGCAUGGAGCUCUGAUGGUCAAAAGAUAUGCAUAGUCUAUGAAGACGGAGCUGUGAUUGUUGGAUCUGUCGAUGGCAACAGAAUCUGGGGUAAGGAAUUGAAAAACGUAUCUCUCUCUGCUGUACAGUGGUCUCCAGAUGGAAAAUUACUUUUGUUUGGUUUGAAAAAUGGAGAACUUCAUCUGUACAAUAAUCAAGGCGUAUUUCUGACAAAAUUGAAUAUUCCCUCACAGAAUACCUCUCAGUUUCAAAUCAUAGUGGCACUACAGUGGUACAACGGAAGAAACGGUUACGUUGCCAUGGACUGUCCUACUCUAGCUAUUUGUUAUCGCAAUGGUAGGAUUCUACUGUUGCGAGAUACUAGUGAUGACAAUCCAGUUAUGAUAGAGUCCGGGGUGACUACUUCAUGGUGCAAUUGGAAUAGCUGCGGCUCUCUCUUGGCGAUAACAGGCAUGAUGCCGUUGCUCAGUAAUGGGGAAACAAAGGACAUGAAUGUUAUACAGUUUUACACGCCGUUCGGUGAACAUAUGAGGACCCUGAAGAUACCAGGACGGGAAGUAACGUGUUGCACUUGGGAGAAAGGUUCCCUCCGAGUCGCAUUGUCCGUUGACUCUCACAUAUACUUUGCAAAUAUCCGUCUAGAUUACAAGUGGACGUACUUCAGCAACACGGUCGUUUUUACGAACGAGAAAAUCGGUAAGGAUGGCACUUGCGUGACAUUCUGGAACAUAAGCAGUAACACGUGUUGCACCAAGUAUGUGAGAUCUUUGCUAUCGAUAACCUCGUACGGGGAGCAUUGCGUGCUCUCUGUGAGAAACGAUCCCGUCCAAGCCACUGAGCAAUUCGCCCUUCUCGUUUGCAACACGAUCGCCACACCAAUAGACUCUAAGUUCUUGGAUCUGGAACCUUUGUACCUUACCAUGACGUCCAAUAUGGUCGUGGCUGCGUCUAAGAACAAUUUCUUGAUUUGGAACUUUCGCACGCCCCGUAACUCGACAUUGCACCCGAGCAGGAUGCGCAAGUACAAGAUUUAUCACGUGGACGAGACGCCGACCGGCGUCACCGAGGUCAUCCAGGAUUUGGACAAGGACGGCGCGUUUGAGACCCCCAUUAAUAUGAAGGUCACCAUGGAUCCGAUUUGCUGUGUCUACGCCACCGAAAAGGUUCUUCUGGUUGGCCGGGACUCGGGGAUGAUUCAGCGGUACUCCCUGCCACAGAUAACGCUCGUGAAUCGAUACAAUACUGUGUGCAGACUGCACAAAAUCGCUAUUAACUGCGACUCCACACGCGUUUCCAUCCUGGACGCUAACGGUAUACUCACUAUGCUGGAUCUGGAUCCGCAAAAACCAUCCGAUUUGCGAGACGGAGACACGAGUGAGGAUAUAUCUAAAUUUGAGAGAAAGGAUGUAUGGGCUAUGUGCUGGGCACAGGAUAAUCCCUCGCUUCUGGCAAUCAUGGAGAAAACUAGGAUGUAUGUUCUGAGAGGAUUAGAUCCCGAAGAGCCUAUAGCUUGUUCCGGAUAUAUUUGUUCUUUUCAAGACUUGGAAAUACGUUGCGUUCUACUCGACGAUCUCAUGCUGAAGUCCGAUGACACUCGAAAAGACUUGAUUGUAGAUUUGGAAGUAAAAUCUCUAAGAGACACAAGGGAGCUAUUGGCUAAAGUGGGUCUGAAGGAGGCCAACAAUUUCAUUCAGGACAAUCCGCAUCCCCGUCUUUGGCGUUUAUUAGCCGAAUCGGCGUUGACGAAGCUGGACUUGGAAACUGCGGAGAAUGCCAUGGUACGCUGUACGGAUUAUUUGGGUAUACAAUUUAUCAAGCGUUUGCAGAAUGUGCACAACGAUCAGUUAAAGAAGGCCGAAAUCGCGGCGUUUCUUGGUAACUAUGACGAGGCCGAGAAACUUUAUCUAGACAUGGACAGAAGAGACCUGGCAGUUACACUGCGCCAAAAGCUGGGUGAUUAUUUUCGGGUUGUGCAAUUGAUGAAGAUGGGCAUUGGCGGUUCGGAUAAACAAAUGGAGCACGCGUACAACAAGAUUGGCGAUCACUUCGCCGAGAGACAGAACUGGGAGAGCGCGAAAGAGUACUAUGAAAAAGGUAGAAAUUUGGAGAGACUCAUCCAGUGCUAUUAUAAAUUAGAAGAUUUCAUUCAGCUGGCGGCAACUGUAGAUCAAUUAUCGGACAAGAGUCCCAUCUUGAAGACUGUAGCGAGAAUGUUGGCUUCGGUGGGAAUGUGCCCGCAGGCUGUGGCAGCUUACAUUAAAUACGGCGACGUAAAGUUAGCCGUAGAUACAUGCGUGCGUCUAAAUCACUGGGACCAAGCUGUCGACCUGGCGAAGACCUACAAGAUGGCACAGAUCGGCGAGCUGUUGAAUAAAUACGCCAAUCAUCUAUUAUCCAACGGUAAACAUCUGCAGGCAAUCGAAUUGUACAAGAAGGCUAACUACAACUUGGAAGCGGCUAAAUUAUUGUUUCAUCUCGCCGAGGAACAAGCUAAGUCCAAAUCACAUCCUCUGCGCGUAAAGAAGAUAUACGUUCUCGCAGCUUUAUUGAUUGAGGACCACAUCAACAGCGUUCCUGCAAUAAAAGGCGGCCGCAGCAAUGUCGUCAUGGGUCUUACUGAAAGCAACGAGGACACCAAGAUUAUAGAAAACGCCUGGCGAGGCGCCGAGGCGUAUCACUUCCUUCUGCUCGCACAUAGACAGUUGUACGACGGCAGUUUCGAUGCCGCGAUGAAGACCGCUCUGCGACUGAGAGACUACGAGGACAUAUUGGAAAUAGAAGACAUAUGCUGUCUAUUGGCGCUAUCAAGCGCUGUUAAUCACGCAUUCGCUACCUGUUCAAAGGCUUUUAUAAAAUUGGAAGGGCUUGAGACGAUCUCGGAAGCAAAGAAAGAGGAGUAUGAGGAACUGGCAGUGGAUAUCUUCACGAAGCAUACUCCGAAGGAUUCUCGUAAUAACAAGGCGGAAUGCGUUAACUGCGAAACUCUGGUACCUGACUGGUGCACCGUAUGCCCGAAUUGCUCAACCAGAUUCCCCGCUUGCAUCGUCUCGGGCAAACCGCUGAUGGAUCUCAGCAUCGCGUGGAUCUGCACUGUUUGCCGACAUCACGUCGCAACGGAACGCGACGUUGUUAACAUAAAUGCCUGCCCCUUGUGUCACAGCACCAUCACAUAUAUGUAG